GCACACCGCGUUUGAUCUAGCCUGAGAGCCGCGCGCGGUCAGUUGAGGAGAUAACGCUAAAGAAGAUGCAACAAGGGAUCAAAGCAGCCUGCGCGCGGCUCCCGCUGUAGCUCCGCUGCUGUCUCACACCGUCCUCAGCCUGCGGGUACCCGGGUCCGGUAGAGCGGGGUUUGGGGGAGAAGAUGCCCCUGUGUGGGGGUGUGGGGGGGCUGUGGGAUGAGCAGAGUCAGUCUGAGAUGAUCUUAACCUUCACAACUUCCGCCCACCGCGCUGCGAUGCUCCCCGCCGGUCCAGACCCGCUCCAGCAGUGACAGGGCAGCACCAGCCACAACCACUGCCACCCGACCUGCCACCAUCACGACACCUGAGAUGGCCAACAGCCACGACUCAGCCCAGACAGACCCUGGUGGUUCGGUGCUAGAGCAGCUGGGUCUGGACCCCAGCUCGGAUUUCUCGGACAGCAGCGUGCAGCAGCGUCUGGAGGAGCAGCGCGAGAGGAUCCGCAGAGAGAUCCGUAAAGAGCUGAAGAUAAAGGAAGGGGCGGAGAACCUGCGCCGUGCCACCACCGACAAACGCAAUGCUCACCAGGUGGACAGCCAACUGCGCUCCUCCAACCGCAAGCUGGAUGCCCUGCACACACAGCUGCAGGAGCUCGACGCUCACAUCAUGGUGAAGGGGCCUGACGACAGCAGAGAUGACCCUCAGCCUGUGGGAACACCUGGCCGUUCUUCAGCCAAUCAGGACCGGAUCACAGCGCUGCAGAGACAGCUCAACAUCGAGUUGAAGGUCAAACAAGGAGCAGAGAACAUGAUCCCCAUCUAUGCUAAUGGAGCUACUAAGGAUAAGAAGAUGCUGCAGACGGCUCAGCAGAUGCUUCAGGACAGCAAAACCAAGAUCGACAUUAUCCGCAUGCAGAUCCGCAAAGCCAUGCAGGCCACAGAGCACACGGACGAUAGCCAGGAUCUGUGUGGAGUGGAGCUGAGGAUAGAGGAGUUGUGGCAUCAUUACCGUGUUGAACACGCCAUGGCUGAGGGGGCCAAGAACAUGCUGAGGCUGCUGGGAGCAGGGAAGGCUCAGGAUAAGAAAGCUAUAACUGAGGCUCAGUGCAGGCUGAGUGAAGCGUCGCAGCGGUUGGAUCUGUUGAAGGAGUCUCUGGAGCAGCGGUUGGUGGAGUUGCCGGAGGAUCACCCUAAAGCGUGUCUGAUUAAAGAAGAGCUGAUUUUAGCCUCGUCUUCAGCCUUCAGCGCGCACCACAGCGCCCCCUAUGUCCACAACCAGUACAGCACCCUCAGCAAACCCUCACCACUCACAGGGACACUGCAGGUGCGGUUGCUGGGCUGCGUGGGGCUGUUGGAGGUCAUUCCUGGCCGCAGCAGAAGCUCUCCGGUGGUUUUGCCCAGUUUCACCUCCGGUGAUGGACGACCAUUUAAACUUGGCCUGUACAGCCGUAACAGCAGCCUCAGCCUCAAAACCCCCAGCAAAACAGAGGAACUGUCCUCUGAGGUCAGUGCUGUGUUAAAGCUGGAGAACACUGUGGUGGGUCAGACGAGCUGGAAGACAGUAGGAGAUCAGGCGUGGGACCAGAGCUUUACCCUGGAAUUGGAAAGAUCCAGAGAGAUGGAGAUUGCUGUGUACUGGAGGGAUUACCGUUCUCUCUGUGCUCUAAAAUAUCUCAAACUGGAGGAUUUCCUGGACAACCAGAGACACAGAAUACAGCUGGAGCUAGAACCACAGGGUCUGCUGCUCGCUGAGGUGACUUUCUUUAACCCUGUAAUAGAGAGAGGUCCUCGGCUCCAGCGGCAAAAGAAAGUGUUCUCUAAACAGCAGGGUAAAGCAUUUUUGCGGGCUAAGCAGAUGGACGUGGACAUCGCCACCUGGAUCCGACUGAUAAAGAACAUGAUCCCAACCAGCACCUCCACCAACAGCUACUCACACAACUCACACACACAUCACCCAGGGGUGAUCUCAGUGGAGAAGCUACACCUGGACAGUGAGUCUCCUUCACGGUCAGAGAGCCGCAGAGACGGUACAGACGCUCCGCUGCAGGUUAUAGAGCCGUUCUCUCCUCCUGAUUUGGCUCCCGACCGACAGGCCAGCAGGGUCAGUUCCCACAAUUCUCAGCGCAGGCAGAGCAAAGGUCCACUUUGUUUGCAGGACUUCCGACUGGUUGCUGUUUUGGGCAGAGGCCAUUUUGGCAAGGUGUUGCUGUCGGAGUACAAGCGCUCUGGAACUCUCUAUGCCAUCAAAGCACUGAAGAAAGGAGACAUUAUAGCCCGAGAUGAAGUAGAGAGUUUGAUGUGUGAGAAGAGGAUCUUUGAGACGGUGAACAGUUCUCAUCACCCGUUCCUGGUCAACCUGUUUGCGUGUUUUCAGACGGAUGAGCAUGUGUGUUUUGUGAUGGAGUACACGGCCGGAGGAGACCUGAUGAUGCACAUCCACGCUGAUGUCUUCUCUGAGCCGCGCUCUGUGUUCUAUGCUGCUUGUGUGGUUUUGGGGCUGCAGUUCCUUCAUGAUAAUAAGAUUGUAUACAGGGAUCUGAAGCUGGAUAACUUGCUGCUGGACACUGAUGGCUUUGUGAAGAUUGCUGACUUUGGCCUUUGCAAAGAGGGGAUGGGUUUUGGGGACAGGACGAGUACAUUCUGUGGUACUCCAGAGUUUUUGGCUCCGGAGGUUCUAACCGAUUCCUCGUACACUCGAGCGGUGGACUGGUGGGGGCUCGGGGUGCUUAUCUACGAGAUGCUGGUUGGAGAGUCCCCGUUCCCAGGUGAUGAUGAGGAGGAGGUGUUUGACAGCAUUGUAAAUGAUGAAGUGCGUUACCCACGAUUCCUUUCUACUGAGGCCAUCAGUCUAAUGAGACGGUUGCUCAGAAGGAAUCCUGAGAGGAGGCUGGGCUCUACAGAAAGAGACGCAGAGGACGUGAAGAAGCAGCCUUUCUUUAGGAAUAUAGACUGGGAGGCUCUGCUGCAGAGAAAGGUGGUGCCCCCCUUCGUGCCGUCAUUAGGGGGCCGGGAGGACGUCAGCAAUUUCGAUGCCGAGUUCACCACGGAGGCUCCGGCUCUGACUCCGCCCCGCGAGCGCAGGACUCUCUCCCGCAAGGACCAGGAGUGGUUCAGAGACUUCGACUACGUCUCGGACCUCUGCUGAACCCGGACAUUAGAACUCAAACUAUUGACGAUUAUCCAUACUGUGAUCAGGAGGCCUGGGCUGUGUUCCAGUCUCCACCACAAGCCCUACUGAUGCUCCCUGCACCCUGCUUCCUCUGUGUAGGGGGGGGAAGGUCCGGGGCUGGGGUUCGGUUGGACACUGUUGCUCUCAGAUGAUGCUGUUUAUCCUCAGGUUCGGGCAGUAGGGGGGAGGAGGGGGAGUCCAGUUUAUAUGAUCAGAAACAGAAAGAAGAGAUAAUGGGAGUAAAGUGUAGAUGAGAGAAGAUGAAAGAAUGGAGAUUAAAGAUAUUUGCUUGCACACAUGUGUUAAAGAUCCAAAGCGCUGAGUAAUCCAGGUGAUAUGAAGCUCAGUGGAACGUCAGGAACAGAAUAGGUUCCUCCUAUUUGGAGUUGGAGUUGGAACAGCAGACCAGUAGUAGCAUCAUAUACUGUACCUGCACUGUGAGCUUCACGUAUGUAAGCUUAGUAAAACGUAGGGUUGGACGAUAUGACAAAAAUAUCAUUGCAAUGCUUGAAAAGUAUAUAUUUCACAAUAUUUGGAGUUUUAAUAAGUUGGGUCUGUAGUGCCACAUAAAAAAAAAUAAUAAUAAUGGGGUUGUUAAUGUGUCAGUUGAUGAUAAUUUAUGAUCGUAUGGUUACAUCUUUUAGUUAAAAAAAAACACAGAAUAUCAUCCGUGUAUUUUGGUCUUCUGAUUUCCUUUUGAUUUCCUCUAUUGUUGCAUAUUUGUUUCACUAAACUAUUUCACAUUUUACAUUUUACAUGGUCUGACACUUCGUGGCUGAGCUGCAGACACUCCCAGUCGCUUCUACUGUGUUAUAAUAUUACUAAAAGUUGAUUGUAUAGAGAGGAAAUUUUACGACUGGAUCAGAAUUUUAGAACAAAAUUAUGUCUAAACUUUUCCAUUUUUUUUCCAUCUUGUAACAAAGAUAAAUUAGAUUGUAUAAUUUUUUACAAGAUGCACAAUUUGUCUAAUCAGACAAUUGAGUAAAGAAAUUAAAAACUACAAAAUUGGGAAAAUAAAUAAAAGCUAUUUUUUUUACUUAUAAUAAUAUAUAAUAUAAUAAAUGGAAAUAUUAAAUAAUGAGGAUUUACACCCAAUUUAGCUUCAAACUGUGCAGAAAUUUAACUGAUAAACAUUACUGACAUUUUAAACAAACCAUGUAGAAAUACUCUACAUAGACUACAGAAUAGCUGAAUUUAUCCAGGUCUCUCCUGUAAAUCAGUAGAUGUUCUAUUGAUGGGAAUAAUAAUAAAAUUGUUAUAAUGAUGUAGGGUCAUAUCGUCCACUCCUAUUAAACAUGACAUCACCAAAUUCUUGAGUUCAUCUUGUUUUCCCUCUAUUUCUUGUCCUCAGUCUCAUUCAUCUUAUAAUCUCCAUCCCAGGGCCCAGCCCCCCUCACCCCCACAUCCCCUCACCCCGUCCCAUUCCGUCCCGUCUCGUCCUGUCCCAUGCUGUAUACCUAUUCUGUGUGAGCCCUGGAUGUUUGUUGUCUGUUGUGAUACAGAACUAUGACCACAAGAGGGAGCCAUAGUAUGUGUUCUUUCAUAAUAUAAACUGAAGGAGUGUGUGUGUGUGUAUGUGUGAGAGAGAGAGAGAGAGAGAGAGAGAGAGAGAGAGAGAGAGAGAGAAAGUGUGUUUUUGAAAAGUCAGAACUUUUAUUUUGCCUUCGCCGCCUGCUCUGUGUAACAAUCAGUUUUAAUGUGAAUUUAGUUUUGUGGAGUUUCAUCUGUCAGUUGUGAUGUCAUGCAGUGUCUGGAUCUACAAAUUAUUAAAAAAAUAUCAAUCUUU